UAUGACAAGAGGAAGAGGCAUUAAUCGUUGUUGGGGAGGCCGUGGGGGCAUAACUAACAAAGGAGGAGGAGGCUGCAAGCUGCCACCAGGCACUUCUCAAAAGGAUGUUAGUGAAUCAUCAAUUCCUACAUCUCAGCAGGUUGGUUUAAACCAGUGUAUUGUCUCAUCACAUGAAAGUAGUUCUCAACAGAUUGUAGAUACAUCUCAAGAAGCCAAUGCUCAACAAAUAACUACUCCUGAAAAUGUUGGUGGUCAACAAGAAGCUCACACUUCUCUGGAUGUUGGACGACAAGAAACACCUUUUUCUCAGAAUGUUGGUGCUCAACAAGAAACUCCAACUCAAGAUGUUUCUCCUGAACAAACACCUGCAUCAUUUGAAAGUAGUAAUCCACAGGUCAGACAAGAUACAUUUGGUGGCAUGAAAUCCUUGAGAGUAAAUGGAGAUACAUUCUUCCCACAUGAGGCUGUUCGAGAUGUGGUGUUAGCCUUUAAAAAAAGCUUCUCCGGACCAUGGCAUUGUUGGAGCAAAGUUCCAGAGCAUGUACGAGACAAAUGGUUUAAUGAUUUUGAGAAGAAUUAUUCUUUUUCUGGUGAAGAUAAAGUACUUAUUCGAAAAACUUUUAAUCGGGUGGGUAGUGAAAGAUUGAGUGACAGUUUGGGAAAAGCAAAGAGAACAUUUUCAAGAACAAAGAAAACACCAAAGUGGAUUGCUCAAGUUCACUAGGACGGUUUGAUGAAAUAUUGGAACUCUGACGGUUUUAAGAAAAUAUCAGCAGUCAACUCAAAGAAUAGAAUGUCAUC